AUGUCUGUUGCAGCGUGUUUUAGUUGUUUUAUAAUCUGUAUAUUAAUGGUCGAAUUGUUCACUCUUUCCGAAUCACAAGUUCCUAAAAAUAAUUGCAAUGUACAUUGUAUUAAGGUUAUCGAGAAUUUAGUCAAGAUAUUGCACUGGAAAAGCAUAGUAAUUUUAUUUUCGGAAGAUACCUUACUCAGUGAAUUGGUAACCAGUUUAGAGAUAAGUCAUAAUGACACUCGAAUAACCUUAAUGGAUAUUGGUAAUAUGAAAAAGACAAAACUGAAGAAAACCCUAGAUGUAUGCUAUAGAAUAUCACCUGAUGGUUAUGUUUUGUUGUACAGUUCUUCAAUCAUAGACUUUCUAACAGUCCUCAAUUCAUUUGAUGUGGAAUCAAAUAAAACCACCGAUUUUAGACUUGAAUCUCAAUGGAUUGUAGUUAAUGACAAUCCGGAAAAUACAGCAAUUGUAAAAUUUGAAUGGCAACUUCGUCAUGUUUUGAUCUUACAGUGGAAGCAGAAUUUUCGUGAACUUUUAACCAUUGUUGAGACCCAGAAUAUAGUCAAACUCGCGUGUUCAGAUUAUUCUAAAGACUGUUCAGUAAGGGAUAUAUUUCCAAACUUAAAUUACAAAUUAGAUAGACGACACUUGAAGAUUGGAACAAUCUACUCAUAUAACACAAUACACAUGAUUGAAAAAGGCAUGGAAAUAAACUCGUUCAACAGAGAAUUAGUCAAACUUACAUCAAUCAUCGCGCAAAUUUUAAACUUUACGUACACCAUAGUUCAACCAGAAGAUAAAGAAUUUGGACGGGAAGUAAACGGCUCAUGGACAGGACUAGUAGGAGAUCUGAUCAGCCAGAAAGUGGAUAUGGUUAUCGCAGAACUGACUGUUACUGACGACAGGUUCAAAGUCAUUGACUUCAUUUUUCCCGCGUUUCAUAUACAGAAAAUGGGGAUUCUAUUGAAGAAAAGUGGCCACAUGGAAACUAAAUGGAUAAAAUUAUUUCGGCCUUUGCAAUCUGCAGUAUACAUCUGCUUGAUUGAAAUUUCGAUAUUUUUGGGAAUUUUAUUUUACGUCAUUGAUAGUCGGAUAUGUCAAUCUGCAUCUCGAAUACGCGUGGUUAGGAUCUUGUCAUCUAUCACAAAUAUGGUCGGUUUCCUUUCUAUGAACGCAAACGGGCUGAGAUCCAGAAAUGAUGCUUCCAGAAUACUGAUAGCGUUCUUGUGGAUGUUUAGCAUCGUAAUAUCAGCAAGCUAUGUGGGUAAUCUAACAGCUACUUUAACAGAAACUGUGGAAACAAUGCCGUUUAAUAGCCUAGAAAAGUUGGCCCCACUGUCAGAUUGGAAGUGGGGUAUAGGUAAAGGGGGGUACGUUCACGAACAGCUAGCCAGUGCUACUUCAGCGCCCUAUAAGCAGAUUUGGGAAGGUAUCAUUAAGUUUAAUGAAACAGAUCCAACUGUUUUAGAUGUAGACUAUAAUCGGCAUAUUGCUAAAGUGCUGAACUCUAACGUGAAUGAGAAUUACGCUUUUAUUCUUGUAGAUCCUAAUUAUGCACUGUUAAGUAGCAACCAUUGUCUGUUUGGAGUGGUCGAAAGUGUCCUUUCAACGUUAAGUGCAGCUAUAACUGUUCCUAAAAAUUCAUAUCUUCAGAAACAUGUAAAGAAAACAAUGAUGGCUUUAUCGGAUAACGGCUUUCUUCAAAGAUUUGUGGACAAUGUAUACAAAGAUCAACAACCCAAUAUGUGUAAAAUUCCUGCAGAGAGAAGGCCUAUGCAAUUGAAUGAUCUGUAUGGAUUAAUAUUAGUAUUUUUGGUUGGAGUUCUGUCGGCUGUUUUGGUGUUGCUUUGUGAAUGUUAUUUCAAAAAUCGUUCAACAAUAUGA